UCCCACUCCAGUUAGGAAAACAAGCUUUUGAACAAGCAGCAAACAAGCAAGCAAACAAACUGCAAGAUUACAAAUUACACUAGGCUAAAGUUUGACCCAUCGUAAGGACUAGAGAAAAAGUGGUGCAAGUGCCAUAUAGUUGCGGAAAUGACUGAUGACAGCCAGUCAUGUAAUACUCCCCUGCACACUGCUGCAAGCCGUGGGGACUCAGAUGAGGUCAGAGAGCUGUUGAAAACAAAGCAAUAUGAAGUCCACGUCAGAAACUCACACAACCAAACAUCUCUUCAUCUUGCAUGUGCUAAUGGUCAUCUCGAUACAGUUUGGACACUAGCCAAUGACUUUGGUGCUGACAUAGGAGCUAUUGAUAAUGGCAAUAAUACACCAUUGCUCUUUGCUGCUAAGAACAAACAUGUACAAAUAAUUAUCAUGUUGCUUCUAUUAUCAAUGUGUAGUAGACACCUCUUCAACGGAGACUACGUGCUCUGUUCCUUUAGCCGUAGUCAGAUAGAUUCUCAUCAUGUUAAACUCUUUGAGGAUGUCCUCUUCGAGUAUUACAAUGAUUCUGAAGCAGUGGAGAAAACUAUGCGUCUGAUAAGUAAAUUCUUUGUUGAUUAUAUUCAAUUCAAGGAUUAUAAAGAUGAUGGCUUUAUUGCAUUGUUUGUAGCUGCAUCACUCGGUCUCAAAGACUUGAUUAAUCGACUAGUUACACAGAAUAAAGUAGACCUGAAUAUUAGGGGAUUCCAUGGCUUGUCUGUUCUCCACUGUGCCUGUUUUGGAGGACACAUCCUGCUUAUGGAGAAUCUUAUUUCAGAACAUCUUACGGACCUUUCUGUUAAGGAUACACAAGGGCACUCAGUUUUGCAUUACGCAACUUUAAAGGGGACUCCCUAUGAAUGCUAUGAUGGUCACAUAGAACUGAUCGAUAAACUGGUUAUAAAGUAUGGCCUCGAUCCCUCAGAUAGAGAUAAUGAUGGAAACACACCUCUACAUAUUGCAGCCAUGAGAGGACAUGUUGAAACAGUGAGACACCUGAUUAGCAAGCACAGUGCUGAUGUCGAUUGCACUAAUAAUCAGAACAAUACUCCAUUGAAUCUAGCUGUGUUCAAUGGUCAUAUGCAUGUUUUGGAUAUGCUAAUCAAAGAAUUUAACAGCAGUUGUCAUGUCCGGGAUUACAUCGGUCGUACUCUCCUUCACCAAGCAUGCGAAGGUGGUCAUAUAGAACUGAUAGACAAAUUAGUGCUUGAAUAUGGCCUCAAUCCCGCAGAUAAAGAUAAUGAUGGUGACACACCUCUACAUAUUGCAGCCUCCUUUAAAGGACGACGUGUUGAAACAGUGAGACACCUGAUUAGCAAGCACAGUGCUGAUAUUGAUUGCACUAAUAAUCAGAACAGUACUCCAUUGAUGCGAGCUGUGUUUAAUGGUUGUGUGCAUGUUUUGGAUAUGCUAAUCAAAGAAUUCAACAGCAGUUGUCAUGUCCGAGAUGACGAUGGUUAUACUCUCCUUCACUAUGCAUGCGAAGGUGGUCAUAUAGAACUGAUAGACAAAUUAGUGCUUGAAUAUGGCCUCAAUCCCGCAGAUAAAAAUAAUUAUGGUAACACACCUCUACAUAUUGCAGCCAUGAGAGGACAUGUUGAAACAGUGAGACACCUGAUUAGCAAGCACAGUGCUGAUGUUGAUUGCACUAAUAAUCAGAACAAUACUCCAUUGAUGCGAGCUGCGCUGAAUGGUUGUGUGCAUGUUUUGGAUAUGCUAAUCAAAGAAUUCAACAGCAGUUGUCAUGUCCGAGGUUACAAUGGUUAUACUCUCCUUCACUAUGCAUGCGAUGGUGGUCAUAUAGAACUGAUAGACAAAUUAGUGCUUGAAUAUGGCCUCAAUCCCGCAGAUAAAGAUAAUUAUGGUAACACACCUCUACAUAUUGCAGCCAUGAGAGGACAUGUUGAAACAGUGAGACACCUGAUUAGCAAGCACAGUGCUGAUAUAGAACUGAUAGACAAAUUAGUGCUUGAAUAUGGCCUCAAUCCCGCAGAUAAAGAUAAUUAUGGUAACACACCUCUACAUAUUGCAGCCAUGAGAGGACAUGUUGAAACAGUGAGACACCUGAUUAGCAAGCACAGUGCUGAUGUUGAUUGCACUAAUAAUCAGAACAAUACUCCAUUGAUGCUAGCUGUGUUUAAUGGUUGUGUGCAUGUUUUGGAUAUGCUAAUCAAAGAAUUCAACAGCAGUUGUCAUGUCCGAGAUGACAAUGGUUAUACUCUCCUUCACUAUGCAUGCGAUGGUGGUCAUAUAGAACUGAUAGACAAAUUAGUGCUUGAAUAUGGCCUCAAUCCCGCAGAUAAGGAUAAUGAUGGUGACACACCUCUACAUAUUGCAGCCUCCAUUAAAGGACGUGUUGAAACAGUGAGACACCUGAUUAGCAAAGACAAAUUAGUGCUUGAAUAUGGCCUCAAUCCCGCAGAUAAAGAUAAUUAUGGUAACACACCUCUACAUAUUGCAGCCAUGAGAGGACACGUUGAAACAGUGAGACACCUGAUUAGCAAGCACAGUGCUGAUGUUGAUUGCACUAAUAAUCAGAACAAUACUCCAUUGAUGCGAGCUGCGCUGAAUGGUUGUGUGCAUGUUUUGGAUAUGCUAAUCAAAGAAUUCAACAGCAGUUGUCAUGUCCGAGAUGACGAUGGUUAUACUCUCCUUCACUAUGCAUGCGAUGGUGGUCAUAUAGAACUGAUAGACAAAUUAGUGCUUGAAUAUGGCCUCAAUCCCGCAGAUAAGGAUAAUGAUGGUAACACACCUCUACAUAUUGCAACCAUGAGAGGACAUCACGUAGAACUAUUGAAUAAACUGGUAGCUCAAUAUAAGGUGGAUCCAACAAUUAGAGACAAUGAUGGGAACACACCUCUACAUAUUUUGUGUCCUACAUCGCAUACUGAAGAAAUGCUAAGAACAAUCCUUUGCAAGUACCAGUACUGGACAGUGUUUCAAGUUAAUAAUAAAGGUAACACCCCUCUUCACACAGCAACUCUAUAUGGGCAAGCUCAUUGUGCACGUUUACUAUUGCAGAAGUAUGAUGCUCCACUUUUUGUGCGAAAUACAGAUGGGAAGACAGCCCUUGAUUUAGCUAAACUUCAGAGAAAACAAGAAAUUGUUACAAUUUAUGAAAAUCAUACUUCCAAACUCCAGUUAACCUAUGAGCAACUAGACGAACUUGCUAAACAAGAGUUUACUGGUGAAAAGAACCUCACCAGAAUAUUUGUUGUAGGGCAUCCAGGUGCAGGGAAAUCCACGCUUGUUGAGACUAUGAAAAAGGAAGGUUUCUUCAGCUACUUCAGCACAUCAACUGUUGCCCCUCACACUGCAGGCAUUAUUCCAAGUACUUAUGACAGUAGUUAUUAUGGAAGAAUGAUACUCUAUGAUUUUGCUGGUGAUUCUGAGUACUACUCCUCACAUGCUGCAAUUAUGGAGUCGAUCAACACAUCAAAAGGAAGUAAUAUUUGUUUGGUAAUUUGUGAUUUGAGUAAAGGCGAAGAAGCUGCUGUCACUAAAUACAGCUACUGGCUUUCAUUUCUAUCAUACAAUAUUAAGCAAUUCUCAAACACGAUUAUCCUACCAGUGGGAAGCCACGCUGAUGUAAUCAACAAAACGUCAGUUGAACAAGAGUUACGUGUUCUUGACAGCGUAUCCCAAAAGUUCUGUAGCAGCUCCAAGAUUGAUGAUUUUCAAAUUGAACAAAGUGUUUAUCUUGAUUCUCGUAAACGAGGGGCUGUAGUAAAUUACAUAAAGGAACUCACUAAGAAAUUCUCCAAUUUAGUAUCCCUUUCCCCAGAGACAAGCACACUCUUGGGAUUGUUGAAGAAAGACUUUGAACAUGUUCCAGUUUGCAAAGUAAGCCUCCUUAUCUCUCACAUAAAAGAUACUGGAAUUCCGCUGCCACUAAAUUCUUCGUUACUAUACACUCUCAUAAGAGAGUUACAUGAUUUGGGUCUGCUCAUAGUGAUAGAGAGAGAAAGGGACUCCGUCGAGAACCACAUAAUCGUUCUUAAUAUAUCAACAUUGACAUCAGAUGUACACAAUAAACUAUUUUCUAAGUCUGCUAAAGCUGACCUCACAAAAUGCAUAGGUGAACUCAAGUUCAGUGUAGGCAUUAUUCCAGAAUCAUUUCUGGAGAGAGUACUUCCAGAGUACUUCACAAAAGAAAGUCUACUUAAGCUUCAGUACUGUCACGAAAUUGAGAAUUUGUUUGUAGAAGAGGACCACAUUCUUAGUCAAGUAACUCCAACAGUAUCAACCACUAAAGAUCUAUUCUUCCCUGCUUUAUGUGAUCUCAAGCUUGAUGAAAUUCAAUGGCCUAAAUCCGAAGGUGGCAAGAUUACUUUGGGAUGGUAUGCUAAAUGUGAUGGUGACAGAUUUGACUUCUUCCCAACACGAUUUCUUCAUGUGCUUAUUGUUCAUCUCUUUCACAACUUUGCACUGAAGCAGAGCCUGCCCACAAGACACAGACUCUCCACUACAGCUUCCGAUUUUUUGAUUGCUGAGGUACAUGCUGCCAAUCCUCACUGUCAUGUCUGGUCGACUGGUCUGCAUUGGCUUAUGAAGAAUGGAGUGGAAGUAUUUGUCGAUAUGCCUAAAGACGCUGAUAGUAAAGAACUGAUUGUACUAGCAAGAAGUGACAUUGAAAGUCGAUUCGAAUGUUCCAAAACUCUGCAACUAGUUAUUCAAAAGGUAGUCGAAGCAAAAGUUGAGUUCUGUGCUGGUAUAGUGCCUACUGUUUACCUUCUUGAUCCAAGCAAUCUCAAGGAUGAACCUUUUACAAAUGCUAGAAAUGCAUCUAAAUAUGCUCUCAGAGAUAUUGAUAAAGCAUUAGAAGGUACUGAGCGAGUCAUGGAUAAAGAAGGACAAUGUUUCUCCACUCCAACCAAAGAGGAAUCAUCAUACUGGAGAUCGCCAUUUAUAAUCAGUUUAAUGCAACCCCAAGAUGUUUGCUGUAAACCUGGAGAGGAAGUAAAAUUUACUGUAUCGACAUCAUCAUCUGCUACUAUGUGUGUUUAUCAAUGGUAUUUUGAAAACCAAGCACUAACACUUCAAAAUCCUGACUAUAAAGGGCAAACAUCUAAAUGUCUCCUGGUAUUAAAAUUCCUACCUAAACAUAAAGGUGUUUAUUGGUGUAUUAGUGAAGAUGGAUCAGGCACGCAGAUCACUUCACGUCAUGCAACACUCACUGCAGAUGGAGAGAUUAUUGAAAAACAAGAAUUGCAGUACAUAGGGAAAAUCAUUGAAAAUUCUGGUAUUAACUUUGGUAAAUAUGGCCUUCAGACAGAGCACUUACUCAAUGGUGAAAGUGAUGUCACUUAUGAAGAGAUGGAGCUUCUAAUGAAUGUAAAUCCAAGUACACAAUUACAAGUGUUGUCAAUAAACUUAAAGCAGGAAAUCACAUCAAGAAUAAAAGAGGAGCAACUCUAUGCCAAAGCCAUAAAAGAGAUGGUCUCCCUUUCCUACACCAAAAUCAUUGCCCUUGGUCCAGGCCAGGUUGGAAAGUCUACUUUUAUUCGCAGAUUGUUGGGAAUUAUGAAAGGAAAUGUCCAAACGUCUCUUCUAGAAACACAGCCCCAAUCUAGUACAGGUAUUUUGGAGUCGAGAGAAGCUUGUAUUCAGUAUAGCCGAGUAACUGGUGCUAUAGCCAACAAAAAGUGGUGUGUUUUACAAGAUGAGCUGCACAGUCAACUAAGUGGUUUAAUGUCACUAAUAAGUAAGCAAUCUCAGCAAGAUCCUGAGCACGAAAGAAUGAAACCGUUAAUUAAACAGAAAGAGUAUAUAACCCCAUUAGCAAGUGAUGUUCAAACUGUAGUAAAAGAACCGAUGAAUGUUGCUGCUGUGCGAAUGGAAGAGGAAAAGAAACAUGAUCAAGCUCUAUCUAAUCGUUCUGAAAUUCAAUCAGUGGAAUCACUGCCAGUUACACAAGAGCCGAGUGCUGCUAGUGCAUUGAUGCCUCGAGAAUCAGAUAUUGAUAUAACAAUUAGAGAGUUCAAAGAACUAAGAGAGGAAUGCAGACUAAACCCAGAUGGGGUAGAAUUUGAAAUGCUAUUUAAUGUAGCAGAUAUUGGUGGCCAACCAGCAUUUCUAGAGAUGCUACCAUCCUUAACUAUAGGACCAGCUCUAUACCUUGUGUUUAUGAAACUCAAACAAGGGCUAGGUUCAAGAUACACUGUGCAGUUUAAAUGCAAGGACUCAAAUGUUAAGCUUUGUAAGAAUUACUCAUACACGUCAGAAGAAGUAAUAUUUUCAGCACUUUCAAGCAUAGCAUGCUUUGGACACUCAGAUGAACAAGUGGAAAUGUAUGUUCGGAAACCAGGAUCAGGUGAUAAAAAGCGGAAAGAUUCUCUUGCGUUACUGGUAGGAACUUUUCUUGAUGAGAUUGAAGAUGAUCAACUCAAAGAUAUAACCAGCCAACUCGAGAAACAGCUCGAAAACACAGCAUUUUAUAAAGAACGUCUCAUCCAUCGCAAACAUUUCAGUUUAUUAGUGAACAAUAUGAGUGCCGAAGAUAGUGAAAUAGAAGAUCACAGAGAAAAAUUAGAAGCAAUACUCAGAAAUACAUUUCGGGAAUAUCAAAUCCCGACACAAUGGUUAAUGCUAAGUAUUUGUCUUAAGCUUCUUGCUAGAAAUCAAAACAAGUAUCAUGUUUCCUUUGAUGAUUGCGUCCUGUUGGGGAAGCAUUUCGAUAUGGAGGAAGAGAUGGUGAGUGUUGCCUUGCAAUUUCUACACAAAUACAUUGGGCUUGUCAUGUAUUUUCCUCAUCACGAGAAUCUCAAGAAAAUUGUUAUAUGUGAUCCGCAAGUUGUUUUUUUAACCAUCAGUAAACUAAUCUUCAACAUUUACGAUCACAACAAGGAUCAAGUUAGCCAAGCACAGUGUGACCACUUUGUUCAAACUGGUUGCUUUUCACCUCAAGAUAUAAUGUUAUUAAGUAGUAACGAUCUGCCUAUGAAUAAGAAACUUAUUUCUAUUGAUACAUUAGUUGAUCUAUUAGUUUACCUAAACAUUGCUGCUAAAGUACCAUUAUCUUAUUCUAAAGACGAGUACUUUUUGCCUGCGGUUCUGCAAACUGCUGAAACAGACAUCGUAAAAAGGAAGGGUAAAGAAAAAAACAAAGAAUUGCUUCCGGAACCCAUCUGUAUUCGAUUCAAAACAGGAUUUUUACCUUUAGGAUUUGUAUGUGCUUUAAUUGCAAAUCUUAUUGCUGAAAAUAAUUUACGUCCACUCAUUGAUGAAAGCAACAAGUUUUACAAGAACAGGAUUCAAUUUCGAUUCAAAAAUAACUUUAUUAUCUCUAUGAUUUCUUGGCCUAGGUAUUGUGAGUUUCGUGUCUCAAGGCACUCAGGCAAUAUUGAAUUUUGGAGUGAGGAUUGUUGCCCUCUUAUCAGUAAAAUUGUACGCACAGCUGCUAACAAGGUCAUUCAAUCUAUGCAGCAUGGCUUGCGUUCAAUAAGUAGAUCUAGGAAUUCUGAAAUGUAUGAAUUAGCUUUCCAGUGCCCAAGACAUCCUAAUGCAGACUGUGGACAGGAAUCUCUCGCUAAACUAGUUUAUGAUAAUUCCGACCAAGAUAUUUCUUUGAAUUUGGAUCCUAAGGAGGCUAUAUGCACAAAUCCAGAAUGUGAAACUGCUAUUGAUCCACUAACUUCCGAAAUGAUGGUUUGGUUUGGUAAAGUUCCAAGUAUCCCGCUGAGAAUUGAAAAACAACCUACUCAAAAAGAAAAUGUUAUAAGCAUAAGUGCAGAGGGAGCACGACCACUAACAUAUGAAUGGUUUUUAAGAAAGAAUAAGCUCUGUGAUGGUGAUAACCAGGGCUGUGAUUGUUGUACAACAGAAUAUCUCGUCAUUAAAGAUAGAAAACUAUUGACUGAAGGUGUAUUCAAAUGUCAAGUGAAGGACAAAUUUGGCAACUGUAUUGAAUCUGAUAAUCUUGAUCUCUUCGAAGAGGAUCUUAGAAGAUGGAAUUUGCACGAAGAAGAGAUUAGCAAACUAAAAGAUAACGGAUUUAGAAGUCCUAGAGAUUUGCAAGGUGUCCAGCUUGGUGAGCUGGAGUCAAAGCUAAAGUUGAACAUGGGUGAGAGGGAAAGAUUAAAACUGUUCCUUGAGAAAAAGAAAGCUGAAUCUUCUUCACGCUCAGACCCUGUAGCCUCACAAUGUCACAAAAGAUCAUUGCGAACGUAUAAUGAAACCUCACCAAAAGUGGAUGAUGUCGCUUUGCAAGAACCCCACAUGAAGGAGUGGCCUACAGCAACUGCAGCACAGUUGAAUCAAGAGUGCUCCGAUGAAGCUCUUCGCCAGUUGUCUACUCACAUUGUUGGAUAUGGAGAAUACAAGCACAUGCUGGGCCUCAGUGAUGCUGAAAUAAACGAGAUUGAUACAGACCCGAGAAACUUCUAUAGUUCCCAUAACAAAUUUUAUGCUGCUCUACUCAAGUGGAAGAAUAAUAGUAUUGAUUUCGACAACCCAUCAAAAUCGACAGCCACUUACAGUCAAUUUGUAGAAAUUGCUAAGGAGGUCAAGGACGGAAAGGCAAUUCGUAAAAUUCAUAAGGCUUGCAUCAAGCAUACACUAUCAAACGUGACUCUACAAGAGAAAUUCCUCAAAAUGAAUUCAUCUCUCCGUCCUGAUGAGGACAUUCUCCAAUCCUUUGCUGCCAUCAUUGGCUCUCGAUGGCAGUGUUUUGCUUCUCCCCUCUCCCUCACUUCUGAAGACAUUGUGAGCAUCAAGAGAGAGACAAGAGGAGCAGAGCCGACCAGACAAGCACUCAUCAUGCUGCAGAAGUGGGCAGUCAGGGAGACGGCAACUUACGGUCAGUUGAGAGACGUACUCCGUACACUCUCAGUGUUUCAUAUCGGAGAACGUUAGUAUCAUGCAUCACAGCACAAAUAAAUGUGUAGCUACGUUAAAUUGUUGUUAUUAUUAUAGCUAGCUGUCAUAAUUAUAUAUGUCACUGUAUUUGUGUCACUGAACUUUUAGAACUCGUGCCUUUCCACUUAAUUAUACUCACCGCACUUUCAAUUUUCUACUAUCAUGCAAUACUGUAUCACCACGCCGUUUAAAAAUAUUUUUGUUACCUUAACUAAUUAAUGCUGUCCAAUAUUUUAGUUAAUGUUUCUCUCAAGAAUUGUACUUAGUUCAAAGUUAUCACCAUUUCUGCACGUUAUUUAUAUUUAUAUAUAGACCAGUGUAUAGACAGUAUCCUGCAUGUUUUUAUCGCAACCAUUUGCCAUCAGACACAGACAUUUUAGCUCCUGAUAUUUAGUAGUUGUUAUCAUUAUUUUUUUGCAUACAUAUAUAACUUAUUUACAUAACUUAAUAGGAUGGUGCAAAACACUGCUUGUUUCUUUAAAAUUGGAGUGUCUGAACAUCCAUUGUGUCUGAUUAUUGAUGCCUUACUCAUA